CCUCCGCACCCGAGCGGUUACUCGCCACUCGCUCGCCGGUCGUCUUUAUUCCCCACGCCGCGCCGCGCUGCUCUCUCCAACGCAUCCCAUCAUCCUGUUGCAGCUCGAGCUCAACUGCUACUACUACCAGUAGAAGUAGAAGUAGAAGUACAGCCAAAACCCAGCGAUCGAGUCGUCGGCCAAUUGGUUAUUCGUGGGGGCAGAGCAUCGCCCACGCCCAAUCAUCCGACCCCAAUCCCCAAAAGCACCCACCCCUCUCGCGGUCGCGCGAGAUCCCACGCGCACCGUCCCCCCGCGGAUUCCCUCCUCCUCCCGCGGUGGUGGCCUCCGGUGGAGGCCGGCGCGAGCGAGCGAUGGACGCGGCGGCGAAGAAGAUGACGCGGGGCAUCUCGCGGCAGCUCUCGUCGGGGGCGGCGCGGCUGUGGCGCCAGCUGUCGCUGGACCCGCACACACCGCGGCGCGGAGGUCCGGGCGCGGGGGCCGGGCCGACGCGGUUCGCGAUCGCGAGGCAGUCAUCGCUCGACCCGACGCCGCGGGGCGGGCCGGACGGGUCGUCGGCGCACCAGCAGCUCGCGGUGCCGGAGAACCUGGACGCCACCAUGCGGCUGCUCUUCGCGGCGUGCCAGGGGGACGCCGCCGGGGUGGAGGAGCUGCUCAGGGGCGGGGUGGACGUCGACAACAUCGACCUCGACGGCCGCACGGCGCUGCACAUCGCCGCCUGCGAGGGACAGGGGGAGGUCGUGCGGCUGCUGCUCGACUGGAAGGCCAACAUCAACGCCCGCGACCGAUGGGGAAGCACGCCAGCAGCAGACGCGAAACAUUACGGCCACUUUGAAGUAUAUAACCUUCUGAGAGCAAGAGGAGCAAAAGUUCCGAAAACUAAAAAGACUCCAAUGGCCGUGUCAAAUCCUAAAGAGGUUCCAGAGUACGAACUGAACCCACUUGAACUUGAGUUCCGAAGAGGGGAGGAGGUCACAAAGGGUACCUAUCUGGCGAAAUGGUAUGGCUCAAAAGUGUUUGUUAAGAUCCUUGACAAAGACAGCUUCUCGGAUGCAGAUAGCAUAAAUGCAUUCAAACACGAGCUUACCUUACUUGAAAAAGCACGACACCCAAAUUUGGUCCAAUUUGUGGGAGCUGUCACACAAAAUGUACCAAUGAUGAUUGUUUCCGAGUAUCAUCAAAAGGGUGAUUUAGCGAGUUAUCUUGAGAUCAAAGGUCGCCUGAAGUCUCACAAAGCUAUAAGAUUUGCUCUUGACAUUGCGAGGGGACUGAAUUAUCUCCACGAGUGCAAACCUGAGCCAAUCAUUCAUGGAAAUUUGUCACCAAAAAACAUUGUGCGGGACGAUGAAGGACAACUUAAGGUGGCUGGUUAUGGAUCACUGAAUUUGACUAAAGUCUCCGAAGAUAAACUACAAAUGGCUCAGCCAGUAACACAAUUAGACAGUGUAUACACUGCUCCAGAGAUCUACAGAAAUGAACCAUUUGACAGAAGUGUAGAUGUAUUUGCAUUCGGUCUCAUUCUUUAUGAGAUGGUCGAAGGAACUCAUGCUUUCCACCCGAAGUCACAAGAGGAAGCAGCUAAAAUGAUCUGUUUGGAGGGGCUGAGGCCACCAUUCAAGAAUAAACCCAAAAACUAUCCCAGUGAUGUGAAAGAGCUGAUUCAAGAAUGCUGGGAUCCGACGCCUUCCGUGAGGCCAACCUUCGCGGAGAUAAUUGUGCGGCUGAACAAGAUACACGCGAGCUGCGCUAAGCAGGCUCGCUGGAGAGACACCUUCAAACUUCCAUGGAAACAUGCUGGAGAAAGAUAGCUGUAAAGACAUAAAUUUCUGCGAGGCCGUCGUCAAAGAUUUCCUCCCUUCCCUUUAGCAAAAGCAAAUGUGAGUAAACACGAGUGAGAAAUCGCACCGAGUUACGAAAUAGAAGCCGUUCCUUUUCAGGUUCUGUACGCUCCCAAAAGGAGAAUACAGUUUGCGUAGCCUGUACGACUGCGUCUAGGCUUAUGCCUCCGGCCCAAUUUCUCUUGAGCUGUCUUCAUCCAAACUGGAACACCCCGAACAGUGUAUUAUUUAUUCCGAACAUUCAAUACGUACCACUUUCUUUUCUGAACUCCCA